AUGAAGAGCACUGCAGUUUUGGCGUUUGCUUUGGUAACUCUGUGUGUUAUGGAAUGCUAUGUAUCAGGUACAACAAUUUAUUAUUAAGUCAUUGUUAGAUUUAUUAUUAUUAGAUUUUGUUAACUAGUAGGCCGACAGGAAUCUUUCACGUGCAACAAGAAUAUGACCGUCAAAAAUAAACUUAUUUCUAGCCGUGAGUUUUAAAGCGACCUUUUUAAAAACAGUCCGGCUAUUUUAAUUUCAAAACAAGUUUUGCGUUACUCUGGCAGUGAUAGAAAUUUCGGUUAUUUUCAGUCUCUACCAACAGUUUGCCGAACUCUCAGUUACACACACACACAUUAGUGUUUCCAAAAUGGUUGCCACAAAAAGACACUUGUUAGAUGUUUUGGCCCUCUGUGUAUGGAUCUAGUUAUCAAAACACAAUUUAAAAAUGUCCUAACUUGCGGAGCUGGGCUUAUAAAAUCAUUACGUCUUUUUCAGCUGUUCACUUUAAGCGAAAGGAGGAACCACAAGUCGCUAAACACGACAGUCCAGGUAAGUUUAUUUUUUGUUUAGUUAUUUAUUUAGUCACUCACAAAACAUACAAACAUUAAGCGAAUUGAACAAUAGCUGUCAAAUAGAUUGUUAAAAAAGUUAAUGUGACAAGGAAGCCUAACGAAUCCUAACUGAGAGCUCAUAUUCAUUAGCCACAGGAACGUGUGACGCACCCCUAAGAACGUCUGCGUGGGAGGCUAUAUAUUCAUAGGCUUCCUUAAGCUACAAUACUCCCAACAAUACUCGUCAAAAAUCUUGAAACACUUGUGUCUAUUUGCCCUUCCCUUAUGUUGAUUUGGGUAUCUCAGUGGUCUCAGUGGUUCAAAAUGCGCGUGGCUCAACAUUAAGGAGGGAGAAGGCACAUUUCAGGGGGGAAAACAGUGUGAAGUAGAAAUCUCAUGAUUUUUCCAGAAAAUUCGAGAGAAACGGUGUCUGUUUCAACGAUUUGUGACGAGUAUUGUAGAUUACUCAGUAAUUACCUGCUUGAGAACAGAGUAUAUAGAAAACAUAAAACUUAAUAAGCGACAGAAUGACCAUCAAUGAUAUAAUUCCAAGAUUUUUUUUAAAAAAACAAAUGUGGAAGAAGAGUUGGUUAAUGAAAUAGGCAACGAAAUCCACAUUUUUGGUCCCCGAUAAAGGAUACUGAACCGCUGAAUAUUCAUUCCACAAAAAUGAGGUCUACAGUAUAUACUUAUAGGCUAGUCGAGUUUCAUAAUGAUGGACCUGGCUACUACUUAGGGACCGUACGUUUAUUACGUCCCAGGGGAGGGGGGGUUUGGGAGGGGAGUACAAUUUUCUAAGAGGCUUGAUUUUGGAGGGUCAAUUUUGAAAAUGCACAAAACGUGAGAGGGGUCGAAAUAUUAAGACACAGGGCUGGCCUUCUAUGUAACAGUUGUCAAACUAUAUUAUGGUUCUUUGCCAACAAUAAAAUGUUACCCGUAUAAAGCUUGGCCCAGAAACCUAUCAGCUAUUUCUGCUACCAGGAAUGUAGCGUGCAUGAAGGCACAUAUGCCUAUGCACACAGCUGAAAUCCGGAAAAAAAAUAUAUAGAUUUUCUUUUCGUGAGUCUGGCAGCGAUAGCAAUUUCGGUUAUUUUCAGUCUCUACCAACAGUUUGCCGAACUCUCAGUUACACACACACACACACACUAGUGUUUCCAAAAUGGUUGCCACAAAAAGACACUUGUUAGAUGUUUUGGCCCUCUGUGUAUGGAUCUAGUUAUCAAAACACAAUUUAAAAAUGUCCUAACUUGCGGAGCUGAGCUUAUAAAAUCAUUACGUCUUUUUCAGCUGUUCACUUUAAGGAAAAGGAAGAACCACGAGUCGCUGAACACGACAGUCCAGGUAAGUUUAUUUUUUGUUUAUUUAUUUAUUUAGUCACUCAUAAAACGUACAAACAUUAAGCGAAUUGAACAAUAGCUGUCAAAUAAAUUGUUUAAAAAAAGUUAAUGUGACAAGGAAGCCUAACGAAUCCUAACUGAGAGCUCAUAUUCAUUAGCCACAGGAACGUGUUACGAACCCCUAAGAACGUCUGCGUGGGAGGCUAUUAGGGAGCUUAAGCAAAGACGACAGGGAUGUCAGCGAGAAGGGCAAAACAGGAAUAGGUUUAGAUUGGCAAAACAACAGCUCUGCACGUGCAUCAUGCUUUUUGUACAUGGCUUUGCCGUCACCGCACGACUACGACGUGAAAAUGCCUAACUUCACGUAUUGUGGAGGACGUGAACACAAAACAACGACUUUGUUUUUCUUUUCCUGAACUUCGUUACCCUCUUUCAGAAUUUAACUCAAGAAAAGAAUUGCCAGCAUUUGACGAAUUGAUCGAGAUGGAAUUUGCGCUGUGAAGUUUAACGCAGCGCGACUUUACUUUGUUCGUGACGUUUUCGUAGCCGUCGCCGUUGUUGUUGCUUAAGCUCCCUAUAUUUAAGCAAUAGAAAACGUUUUCCGUGUUUGCACAGCCUGUUAUAAACACGAGAGGGGUUGGGAGAAUUCGAGACAGUUAUGCAAACCCGAGACGAAGUCGAGGGUUUGCAUAACUGUCGAGAAUUCUCCCAACACCUCGAGUGCUCAUAUCAGGCUAUGCAAACACAGGAAAAAAGUUUUCUAUUGCUUUUAUAAAAUAACUUUCCCUUUCCCUUUACACAGUCCAGUUUUAAUAUUUAUACAGUCCAGUUUUAUUUUUUACAAAGUCCAGUUUUAAUAUUUAUACAGUCCAGUUUUAUUUUUUACACAGUCCAGUUUUAUUUUUACACGGUCAAUACACAGUCCAGUUUUAUUUCCUGUGUAGUUACCAGACCUCUUUCGCUCUACUGUAACACGUGUUAUCUCACGGCAGCCAUUUUGUAUAUAUUUCCUUGCGACGAUGGAUUCAGUCAUCAGGCAGGUUGUUCGAGAGGAACUGAGAAGUUCAAAUUCUAGUCUUCCAGAAACUGCGUCUUCUACUAAUCAAGAUGAUCAGGGAAGACGUGAAAACGAAUCAGAUGUGGCUGGAUCGUCACGAAGUUCGUUUUCAUCACGAACAGUGGGCCGUUUGGGGUGUUUCUAAAACGAAGACCCAAAAACGAAGACCUAAGACCCCCGGGGGGAGGGGGUACUCCCUUAUAAGGGCUUAAUGGGGACGUGCAGCCAGCCAGGGUAUGUUUUUCGGGAUUUUUGUCAUAAACAGGGUAUCGAUUUUAUCAUUUUUUGUCUUAAUCAGGGUAUCGAUUUUAUCAGUUUUUCAAACAGGGUAUCUUUUCUUGAACGAUAAACAGCCUGCGCGUAUGUUCUACGAAUGUCUUAAACAGGGUAUCAAAAUCGGAAUUCUGUCUUAAACAGGGUAGGAAAAUCAGCGAUUUUUGUCUUAAACAGGGUCGGGGUAUAAGGGGCCGGACCGCACCUUCCGACCCAAGGAUAUAUCGAGUACCCCCCCGGGCUAAGACCUAAGACCCCGUGGACUAAAACGAAUACCCUUGGACUAAAACAAAGACCCUCUGGACUAAAAUGAAGACCCUCGCAGGGUGUUUAUCGUCCAAGAAAAGAUACGCUGUUUGAAAAAUUGAUAAAAUCGAUACCCUGAUUAAGACAAAAAAUGAUAAUAUAAAAUCAUACCCUGUUUAAGACAAAAAUCCCGAAAAACGUACCCUGGCUGGCUGCUCGUCCCCAUUAAGCCCUUAUAAGGGAGUACCUCCCUCCCCUGGGGGUCUUAGGUCUUCGUUUUAGAAACACCCCAAACGGCCCACUGUUCGUGAUGAAAACGAACUUCGUGAUGAUCCAGCCACACCUGAUUCGUUUUCACUUCUUCCCUGAUCAUCUUGAUUAGUAGAAGACGCAGUUUCUGGACGACUAGAAUUUGAACAUCUCAGUUCCUCUUGAACAACCUGCCUGAUGAUUGAAUCCAUCGUUGCAAGGAAAUACAAAAUAACACGCGUUACAGUAGAGCGAGAGAGGUCUGGUAACUACACAGAAAAUAAAACUGGACUGUGUGAAAAAAUAAAACUGGACUGUGUAAAAAUUAAAACUGGACUGUGUAAAAAAAAUAAAAAUGGACUGUGUAAAAAUUAAAACACUUACUGGACUCUGUAAAAAUUAAAACUGGACUGUGUAAAAAAUAAAAUUAGACUGUGUAAAACCACAACUGGACUGUCAAAAACCAAUACUGGACUGUGACCCUCUUGGGCCAUCGUAUAGUUAUUUUAUAAAUAUUCAUAGGCUUCCUUAAGCUAGAUUACUCAGUAAUUACAUGCUUGAGAACAGAGUAUAAAGAAAACAUAAAACUUAAUAAGCGACAGAAUGACCAUCAAUGAUAUAAUUCCAAGAUUUUUUUUAAAAAAAACAAAUGUGGAAGAAGAGUUGGUUAAUGAAAUAGGCAACGAAAUCCAGAUUUUUGGUCCCCGAUAAAGGAUACUGAACCGCUGAAUAUUCAUUCCACAAAAAUGAGGUCUACAGUAUAUACUUAUAGGCUAGUCGAGUUUCAUAAUGAUGGACCUGGCUACUACUUAGGGACCGUACGUUUAUUACGUCCAGGGGAGGGGGGGUUUGGGAGGGAGGUACAAUUUUCUAAGAGGCUUGAUUUUGGGGGGUCAAUUUUGAAAAUGCACAAAACGUGAGAGGGGUCGAAAUAUUAAGACAUAGGGCUGGCCUUCUAUGUAACAGUUGUCAAACUAUAUUAUGGUUCUUUGCCAACAAUAAAAUGUUACCCGUAUAAAGCUUGGCCCAGAAACCUAUCAGCUAUUUCUGCUACCAGGAAUGUAGCGUGCAUGAAGGCACAUAUGCCUAUGCAUACAGCUGAAAUCCGGAAAAAAAUAUAUAGAUUUUCUUUUCCCGAAAGCAUUUUUAUCAUUAUAUUGGGAUAAAUAUUUCGCAUUAUAUUGGUGUUUUUGUGUUAGGAUUUCCUUUAUCCUUUUACUGAUUAAGUGGAGUGAAAUGGAUCCGAAUGUGAAGCCACAGACCCUGCAAUGGUUGAGACUUUUGACCAUGCCAACUGCAAUUCUAUCCCGGGGUAUAAUGUAGCUCUCAUAACUUUGUUGACUUAUCCUGUCAACAUGCACAGCAAAGCGUAGCUUCAGCGGUUUGUGGAGACUGCAAACUCCUUUACGAAGGACCGUGACAGACGAGAGACUGAGCUCUCUUGCAAUUCUGCACAUGCACAUGGCAUUAUAACAGUUUUACCCGUCUGAAGGGUACACAUCUCGCCCGCUUGUAAUUAUAACGUCCUUGAUGGCGCCACUGUUUUACCCUUGUUUGCCGUAAACAGUUUGUACCUUACCGAUCGUCUUUAUUUACUGAAAAUGGUAAAGAAAACGCAAGAGAUGGCACUUACGAGACCCUAAAUUUGAAAAAUCUCCGGGGGAGCAUGCCCCCAGACUCCCCCAGGUUUCUUCCCCCGCGUGCACCUUCAAAAUCACACGCUAUGCUGACAACUACCGGCAUCUUAUAGCUUAUGAAAUCAAUGCCCAAGGAUGGAAGAAGAGACUUAGUCUAGAACAGUUUGGAGAGGGGGGGGGGGUGCAUUUUAAAAAUUUUCAUUACCAAGGAGGGGUUCAAUGGUCAUAUGUAAUUAUUUUAAGGGGGUACAGUUUUGAUACACAAUGCUUUUCUGAACCCUUCCCCCCACCCCCGACCGGGAUGUAAUAAACGUACGGUCCCUUAAAAAGAGGUUAAGGAAGCUACUGGCAAAUGAUCAUGGUGAUACGGGUACAUAAAAGAUCAUCAAAGUAUUGAUGCUAUAUAUAUGUCACCGACUUUAAGUUGGCUAAAUAAAGGCGCGGUGCGACUAGUAAGUGAGCUUUUGCUACCUAAUUUCGCGAUUUCAACGCGCAAAUAUGAGAAAAGGACAUUUCGCGAUUUAAGCAUUCUCAAAUUUCUAGUUAACCUGUAAAGCAAUGUGUGAAAGCUUUACAAAUUAACCUUGUUUCACUCUGAAUAUACAAAACGAAGUUUACCAGUCUAACCAGUUAACAAGGUAUAUUGUCGAUACAUAUCCCGUAUAUGAUGUUGCUAUUUCAAGUUGAUAUUUUUUUUCCUGUGAUUUGAAUUUUUUACAUGAGUAUUUAAUUUCGCGUGCUUAAAUUUCACGAGGAUUUAUUUUCGCGGGUCCUUAUUUUUGCGAUUUUUUUGCAAUCGGGAAAACGCGAAAUUAAAGACCCGUGAAAUAAAGUACCAAGAAAGGUAAGUACAGUUUUGGCGUUUGACAGCACUUCAACAACACAAGUUCUUACGUGUUAAGCUACGCAACUAAAUGCCUUUUCCAUGUUCUCUCUUUAUAGCGUUCAUCAACAAUGUAAAGGUUGAGGAAAUGAUCCGCAGGGAGCCGUCAGGACACCAUUCUGGGAAUCGAAGAGGGCCCCCGUUUGGACACCAUCAUGGGAUUCAAAGAUGGCGCCCGUCUGGACACCAUCCUGGGAAUCAAAGAGGGUCCCCGUUUGAAUACCAUCAUGGGAAUCAAAGACGGCCCCCGUUUGGACACCAUCGUGGGAAUCAAAGAAGGCCCUCGUUUGGACAUUAUCAUCAUCCUCAUAACAAUAACAACAACAACAAUAACAAUAACAACAAUAACAAUAACAACAACAACAAUAACAACAACAACAAUAAUAACAACAACAACAACAAUAACAACAACAACAACAACAGCGUUAUAGAAACCCUCUAUUGUGAAUAUGGGAAAUCAAGUUGUGAAUGCAACGAAACGGCAGAGGUUUGUAUAUUCAACCUUGAAAUUGACGAAAUUCAAACCUUCACCAGUUAUGAGAAGUUAUUCGUAAAUGAACCUCCAGGAAUAGCUACGCGUGGCUUCGAAGGAGUGGGUUAUUAUAUCAAUGAAAGUGGAAUACCUCUGCCAGGACCUCAGCCUCUGGGUGACCCUAAUGCACAAUGUGCAACAUUUAACAAUGCGAAUUGCACUAGCCCUCAGUUCGUAGAUGGUAAAACGUACCGUAUGGCAAUAGCCGUCAACGGACAAAUUCCUGGACCUACCUUGAUUGUUCACGAGGGGCAAACUGUUAUUGUUCAUGUUGACAACAAGCUUACUACUGAAGGUAUUUCCGUUCACUGGCAUGGGAUGCACCAGAAAGGAGCACCUUGGAUGGAUGGCGUGGGACAAGUAACUCAAUGUCAUAUAGGACCCUCAUCUAGAUUUUCAUACAAGUUUAAGGCUAGUCCUUCUGGGACGUUUUGGUACCACUCUCACAGUGGCACUCAAAGAACAGAUGGCUUAUUCGGUGGUCUUAUAGUUAAAGAAAAAAAAGAAAGAAUGGCAAAGCUCACUCGGCUUUUAAACCGUGAAUUUGAGGACCGUCCAGAUCAGCAUACCUUAACGCUUAUCGAAUGGCAAAAUGAGGCAUCCUUGGAUCUGUUCACACAGUUUAAAGCUGGUGGUUUUUUUAAAGACAAGCCGAUUGGCGAGGUACCAACUAAAGUUGACGAGAAUUCAAAACUUUUUCCUACUGUUAGUUUUGAUAACGGAGGGGCCGGCCCUAUCCCAUAUUUUUCUGGAAUCAUAAAUGGCAAAGGAAGACAUCCUGAUGUUCCAUACCCUAAAACAAGACUGAGCAUGUUUACUGUUGAGCCCAAAAAGACAUAUCGCUUCAGGCUGAUUGGAGCCCAAGAAGGGUACGCUUACAAAUUCUCCAUUGAUGGUCAUAAGCUGACUGUGGUGGCCACAGACGGCUAUUGGAUUAAACCCAUAGAUGACGUUGACUACAUCAUUAUCCAAACCGGAGAGAGGUAUGACUUUCUACUAAAAGCAGGAGAAGAAGUAAAAGACUACUGGAUACGUGCAGAGACGCUGGAGAUAGAUGCAAAGGCGGAAGGUCCACCCUACCCGACACUAAACCAUCUGGCAGAGGCUAUUCUGCACUACAAAGAAGGAACAGAGAGGGGAAAUCCGGAUGAUGAUAUACCGUCCACAGAAUAUGAAAGAAUAAAAAAUGAGUCUGCAGCCCGUCAGUGCUCCAAAGACAAUCAAUGCAAAGCGGUGAACUGUCCAUUUGAGAACUUCCAUCACUCCUAUAACAUUAACUGUAUUAACGUUCAAAACUUAAGUUUACUUGAGCCAACUUCAGACAACGAACUUCCAAAACCUACAGCGAAUUGCCCAGAUUGUACGCAUUUCAUGAAUUUCAAUUUUGAGGGUUCCUCUACUACUAGUUCAGUGAAUGGGCGCAAUUUCAUCCUUCCUUCCUUUCCACCCCAAACGCAAAAUCAAGAUUUUCUAAGCAAGUCCAAAAUUUGUAACAACAGUGCUGAUUGCAAUCCAUCGACAAUUGAGUGCUCGUGUGUCUACAAGAUUGACAUUCCAUACAACGAAACUGUUCAAUUCGUGUUUUCAAAUGUUGGCGGCAACCCCAGCAUGAGCCAUUCUCAUCCAAUUCACCUUCAUGGCCAUUCAUUUCAUGUUGUUCAUGUUGGAUAUCCAGAGUAUAAUCCGGACAAUGGUUUUGUCAAAGAACACAACAAAGAUAUUUCCUGUGAUGAUGUCAAUUGCACAAAGGAUGGUUGCGACAGUACGCGUUGUACCAGACCAAGGUGGGCGAGCGCGCCACCGCUCUUUUCUAUAAAUGCAUCUACGGUAAGGAAGGACACAGUUUCAGUCCCUGCCGGGGGAUACGUUGUCAUCAAUUUCAUAUCCGAUAAUCCUGGCCAUUGGUUUCUUCACUGCCACAUAGAGGGGCACCUGCUCGAGGGAAUGGCGUUGAUUGUCAAUGAAGCCUCAAAGGAGCAACAAAAGUUAACACCACCCCCAGGGAUUGAGAAAAUUAAGUGUGGAGACUUUGAGCUAGACGAACCGUACUGA